AUGCCGCGGCUGCGGCUCAGCGUCGCGCCAGCGCCGCGUCCUGCGUCUCCGUCGACUCCCCAUCAGGCCGCGGCGGCGGACCAGCCGGCGCAGGCUUCCUCCUUACGAGACGGCGAGCCUGGACUACAUCAGCGAGACACGCUGCCGCGGAGGGGAGGUGCGGGGAAGACCAGCGCAUCGGCAUCGGCAGCGGCAGAUGCGCCAAAACAACUUUCUCCGGUCCUAGGAGGUGUCUCAAGUUCCUCCGCGCGGCCUGCAGCGGCAUGCGCUUCUUCGGCUGCUCUCGCGGAAGCGAAAGAGAAAGAGGCGAAGGAAGCGGACGAGGCGCCCAGCCCACAGGUCGGUGAGCAGGCGCACGCUGAGAAGCCUCUCGCCGGAUUCCCCCAGGCUGCCGCUGACCGCGAGGGACUGGGACUUCCGCCCCUUACAGGUGAUCCGCUGCUGGCAUCCUCCUGCGAGACCGGAGGGCACUCGGCGUCUCCAUCUCGGUUUUAUCAUAUGCAUGCAUGCACGUGCCCAUCGCUGGCCUGCGCGGCUUACGGCCUGCCGCGGCCUCCGUCGACCGGCGGCUCGUCAGACGUCUUUCCGCAGCCCGUCGGUCUUCCAGCGAGUCUCGCUUUUUGCGGUCCACACGUUUCCCUCGGCAGCUCGCUUCAUUCCUCGCAGAGUCACGAGGUCGCCUCGGCGCUUCGCUACUUGCAGGGCGGCUGGCUGGCGGAGCUCCGCGAGCGCCGCUGCCGCUGCCGCAGCCGCAGACGACCCUCCAGCGCCGACAGCACAAGCUCCGCGUGCCUGCGCGGAGCCCACGUCUCGCGCAAGGCGUGGGCGCUACGCGCGUGGCGUGAGGCGGAGAGCGAACUUCUGAGCAGCCGAAGCGAAGACGCCUCGAGCUGCAGCGAGACGCCAAGCUGCUGGCGCGGGCGCAGACGCCGCCAGAGACAAACCGCCGCGACUCAGGAGCGUAGGGGUCAGGCGCGGGACUGCGACUGCCGCGCCUGCCGGAGGCGGCGGCGUGGGCGGCGAUACCGGGCGACCUCUCGAAGCGUCCACACUCAGUCGAGUGUGUCUGCGCGUGGCGGGCGAGGUCUGCCGGCGGCCUGCGCGGCAUACGAGGCCACAAUCGCUUCCAAACCGCGAGUGCGUGGGCGGCUGCAGCAGAAGCGCGCGCGGCCGCCCCUUCCGUUUGUCAAGCUUCGCCAGCGACGCGGAAACACGCACUCGAGCUCCGAGGAAGAAGAUCUGCGUGGAGAGAGAGACGCAUCGCCUGCGUGUCUGCGUCGCGAGCGCAGCUUGGUAGCGGCGCUCGCGAGCUUCCCCCACUUCUCUCAUCUCGGGUCGGAGGAACGGCGGCGCGACGCCAUCUUCAAGGCGCCGGCGCUUCGUCGAGCGAGAGCAAGUGACGCCGGCAGCGAGAGCAGCGCGACUCAGCACAUCCCCUGGGCGGGCAUCGUGACGAAGGAGGCCUGCAAAGCGACCAUUUCGGCUAUGAAUCACUCGAGGGGAGGCGGGUCCGACGUGCGAGCCCCUUCCCUGUCGCCGUCCGGGCUGCUACCGGAGCCGUCGGCCGAAGGAGGCGCGAAACAGGAGACGGGAGCGUCCAGCGAAGCCGCCAUCAGCAGAGUAGCCCAGGAUGCAUCUGCAGGCGACGCUUCGGGCUCGGCUGCGGCGGCGAGGCGGACUCUGGAGGCCGCCGAGACGGGUGGAAGCUCAGCUGAGCGCCGCGCUCUCGAGGCGCCUGCAGCUGAUCGGGCGCCUUCGAGCUGCGACAGAGAGGCGUCCUCCCUCGGCGAAACAGUUUGUCACGCAUCAUCCGUGUCCGCAGUCGAAGAUGCAUGCGCCGCCCUCGCCCAGCAACCCGUCGUUAGCGUCGUCCCCCGGGUGCUUUCCUGCUCCUUGAGCGGAGGGAACUCAGGAGGCAGCAGCUGGAUGAGCCAGUGGGCUGGAACCCCAGGCUCGCUCUCAGAUGACUCAGCGAGCGACGCCACCUCCUCCUCCUUGUUCUCUUUCGUCACGGCGGUCGCCGGCCUGGGCCCCGUCCUGCGACUCCCCUCCGUCCCGCCGCGGCUCGCCUCUGCGACCGCCUCGAGUCGCAGCUGUCCGCCGCCCCCUGCGGGCCUCCAGGCUCCCGCCCUCGCCCUCGCCGUCGCUCCACCGCUGCGCCAGGCCCCGAAGGCCGCAGAGGCGCUAAAGGCGGCGCUUGCGCCCCGCUUGUUGUCUGCAUGCGAGGACGGCGGAGGCGAUUGCGCGGACGCCUGCUGCGGCUCUCAGGCGCGCGCCCCUCGCGGUCGCGCGCCGAGGCAGCUUUUGUAUAGCGCGAGAGUACUGGGUGACAACGGCAGACAGGGGAAGGGCACUCCCUCUGUGUCUGCACAUGUGCUGAAAGACGCGCGGGAGCUCUGGUCGCCUUCGGUCGACACUCCGUGCGUUGCCGCGCUGCUUCUCUCGGCCUCUGCGAAGGGGUCAGACGACAAGCUCGGGGGCGCUCGAUGCUUCCUCGCGGCGUCGAUCGAGGAAGACCCGCAGAGAGGACAAGGCACUCCAGCCGAAAGGCGGAGCGGCGCUGGGGCGGGACUGCGCGUCGCGAAGGGGGAGGGGGAUGCGUAUGCGGUUGCGCCGCUAGGGGAGAGGCGGCAGCCGUCAGGGGAGGGCGGCAAGGGCGAAGGGCGGUUCGGGAGACUGCGCCUCCUUCCCAAGAUCAUCUACGACCCUGCGAACGAAGACAUUGGAACCAGCUGCGGGAGCAGUCAGCGCAGCAGCAGUCUAAGAAGCAGUCCUACGGCCAGCGCUUGCGACGCAGCGGCGCCGCGCUGCCUCCUGGGGCUCCAGAGGCACCCUGGGAAGACCGGUUCGGCGAGGUCGGCGUCCUCUCCGAAGCAGCUGAGCGGCGCUGUCCGGCCCCACUGCGAGAACGCGCAGUCGCCGCGAAAGACGCAAGAAGGCAGGAAGGAAUCCUGGGGAGUCAGCGGCGACGCGGGAUUGGCUCCAGCGGAACGGAGAGAGAGACAGCCGGUGAAAGCGCCGCUGGAACCGUUGCUGGAUUCGAUGAAUCGCACAGGGGACGCGGGGGAGGAGACAGAGGGGGACGCUGGAGAACAAGUCGCGGACGGCAUUGUCGUCCUCGCGGAGUCAACGGAUCGAACUGAGGCCGAGGGUCUCCGCGCGCAGGAAACAUUUCGGGCGCACUUCGCGCUCUCUGUCUCUUCGCUGGCGCUGGACAGAGAUUCCGAGUCGGAGUCCAACCUCGACUUGAGUCACGACAGGAGGCCCCUGCCUCCCCCUGGCUUUGGCAUCGCCGGGGCCGGUCGAGAGACGACCGGCGCUCAGGCGAACGCAGUUGCAGGUUCCGCAUUGAAGAACCCCGGAGGGAGAGACGCGCCCGUGGCGCAUGCGGGAAGGAACGAGGGCCUUCGGACGGGGCAAGCCGAGCGCACAGAGAGAGGAGAGACUCGCCUGGCACGGGUGAGGCCCUCGCGGCGGGCAGGCGGAAACAGCGACGCGACCACGGUCGUGCCGCCUGCCGGCGAGGGCCUGGAGGGCCUGACGACCGACAGCAGCAGCGGGGAGCACACCGAGACGUCUCCAAGCUGUUCGGAAGACUGGGCAGAGGCUGCCCGAGCUGCAGAGCAUGGAGACGUUGACCCCGUUGCAGAUGCAACGAGCGGCGAGCCAACGACCGACCAGCUAGGCGCCGAAGCCGCUCGCCGGCGUCUCCUGCCAGGCCACCCCGGAGAAGAGUUAUCCCCGACCCUCGGGCCUCGCGCGGCGAGCACACAACAGACGACACCGGCAAAAACUCCCACGCCGAGCGCUUCUUUGGUGCAGGAUGUGCGGCGCAGGUGUCAGCCUGAGGCACGCAUGAGCUUCGCACUCCAUUCUGAAAUUCUCUCCUCGGACGCGGAAAGCGAAAAAGAGGCGCCGGCCUCUUGGCGCCUAGGCCGCGAGACCCCACUCGCGUGUUCUUUCGAUCGCGGCCUACCGGCCUCUUGGGCUCCAAAACCUGCUAGCGCGUCGAGUGCUUCGGCGGGAGCGUUCGAUUUCCCUUCCUUUGGCGGGUGCAGGUCGGCGAGUCUCGCUGCCCACGCGUCUGCCGACGAGAAGGCCGCCGCUCUCCCUUCGCUUCUUCACCCGCGCCCCGGCUGCGGCGUUGCGAAGGCCACAGACGACGCGCUGCAAAGGCACAGCGAAAGAAGAGACGAGAAGCGAGAGGCCUGUUGCCGCCGGAGCUGCUCUCUCGAUUCCACCGCGACAGAAAAACCUCUGGAGCCUCCGAGACAGAACUCGCUGGCCUGCGGCGUUGUGAGCGUCGCCACGCGUCCCCAGCCUACCUCAGACACGCGCACGCUGUUUCCGUUUGUUCCUGCCUCAGCCGCGUCGUCCGCUUCGACAGGCGCCCUCUCGGUUCCGCUUGUGCAGGGGGGAACGGGGUCGUCAGCGCUGUUCUUCAGCUUCUCCGACUCCGGUGGCCUCACGGGCCUUGAGCCUCCUUCGGGCGCGGCCGCGGCUGCAGCGGGGACGGCAGCCGGGGCGACCGCGUCUGUUCGUAGGGCCGCCGCCGGCGCGGCCAUCACGCGAGAGGAGAAAAGAGAGGGCGAAGGAAAUUCGACUUCGCCAGCGUGUUCUUCUGUCGAGGAUGAACCCCGGCCGCCGGCGCCGCCUGAGCCCGCAGUCCCUCCGGAGGCGUUGCCGACUCGAUGCUCCUGGCUCUCCUUUAGUGACUGCGGCUCGCACGAGGGUGCCUCGCGGCCUGCGGGAGAGGCGGCGGGACGCGGGUCGCUGCUGCCUGGCUUGGGCAGCCACGAUGCCGAGACCUCGCUCUUCAGGUCGGAGAAGAACGCGCCCUCGGCACGCGACCCCGCGAUGAGCUGCGCGUUCGCGGGCCUGUCCGCGUCGCUACCGCCAACGGCGUCCUCUCAGUCAGACCCCUGCGCGGCGCCUUCGCCGUUGCACAUUCCUCUGCCGCCUCUUUUCUCGAGUUUUUCGGCCUCGCCGGAGACUCUCCACCUCGGCCCCUUUGCGUCUCUGUCCUCCUCGGGGGCGGAGGCCUGGGGCCCGCGGCUGCGCAGGAGCGCAGGCGAGGACUCUCAGGCGCUCUUCGGCGCGGGGGAUCGCGGAAGCUCUGAGCCGCCUUCGCUCGCGUUCAGCUUCUCAGCGUCGCCCGCCCCGGCCGCAAGCAUUCCUCCGCUCGCGACUGUCUCUUCUCACGCCUCCCAGUCUCCGCAUCCGUGUGCGACCGCGCGGCGCGUGUCUGCGGGCGCAGCGGCCGCCGCGGGCAAGCUCCUGGCUCCCGGCUUUGAGCAGCCGGGCUCAGGCCCUUCGUCGUUCGAUGGGAAACAGAGAGAAAGGGCGCCCGACAGAGGCGAGGGCGCCGCCUCCUCGGCGUCGUGCCCCUGCUCGGGCUGUGGGGCGUCGACGGCUCCUGGGAGUCGAAUGCGCAGUUCCCUCCUGCUGGCUUCCAGCGAGGGCGAAGAGGCCUUUGGCGACGUCCUCAGCACGCAGGAGCUCCCCUCGAUGAAACUCAAGACGCGCUGGGGCCUAGUGGAGGUCACGGACGCAGGCGACUUCUGUUUCGCCUUCAAGGCGCGCUCCGAGCUCAAAGGCAUGUAUGGCGACGCGGCAUCGUCGGUAGGGACGGAGGAGACAAGGGAGACAGCGGAGAGCGAGCCCCGUGGAAAGAAGGCAGACAGCGUCGAGCUCCUCUUCGUUGCGGAGGCAGGCGGACGCUCGGUUAAGAUCCAGGAGCUUGGAGACGAGGCCCCCGGCCGCGUGUUGAAGCGCUACCACAUCGAAUGUCUGCCUGAGCGCCAGGCGCUGCGCUACCGCUACGCGAGCGAAGUCGUCGCUUGCCUCAAGCAGAACACAGCGAAGGUGACUCUGAAGAAGUCGGGGAUCGGGCUCUUUCAACUGAUGAGCAACACGCCUGCGGACUUUGUGGCGACUUUUACCUCGGCGUUUUCUCUCUUCAUCGCGUCCAUUCACAUUCGGCGCGGCAUGGUGGCCUUCCAGUCGCGCGUCGGGAACGUGCUGCAUCUGCCGGUCGACGACGUCGCGCUCCUGCUCACGCAGAAUCCCGCGCAGACCGGCUCGCUCGCCUCGACCAGCUCAUCCGCGGAAGACCGACGCCGCGCCCAGACGCAGAGUUGCGGCGCGUCCAGCUUCGCGGGCUCCGAGGGCUCGCGACGCCACGGCCGCGGCAGCGUCGCGACGCGCAGCACCGCGGACAGCAGCACCGCGGACAGCAGCACCGCGGACAGCAGCACCGCGGACAGCAGCACCGCGGACAGCAGCUGCGCGGGCGUCGGUGGAGGCGGUUGCAGCGGCGAGUCUGUCAGCGCCAGAGGCGCGAGGGCUGGGGGCAAAACGAGGGGCGCAGGUGUCGGCGCGGAGGUCGCCUCCGCUGCAGAAGCCGAGGGGGCGGAGGGCCUGCGGGGCGAGCAGGCCGUGGCGAUCGCGGGCUCCGACCUCGGCGGCGAGUUCUCCUUCGGACCCUGCGCCGAGUGGAGCCGCGCGAGCCGCGAGAGUCGCGCGGCGCCUGGGGAGGAGAGCAAGGCGGACGCGUGGAGCGAGAGGGAGAGGAAACGACAGUGGCAGGAGGUGAGGGCGGCCCUGUCUGCCGCACAGUUGCCUCUGGCCUCCGUGGUGCAGGCCUGGCAAGUUCUCCUGCGGGCCCUCGCGGUGUGCUGCGAAGGCGAGCGCAGGGGCUUGAGCGCCUACGCCGAGAAGCUGAAGCUGAGGCUGCGACUCGCGCACCGACCGGACGCGGACGCAGGCCUCUUUGGCGGCGGGCGCCCCGGCGUCGCAGCGCAGGGCGAGAAGGGGAGCGCCCGGUUUGGCGCGGCGAGCGACAGCCAAGAAGACAUCGAGCAAAUCCGCAGAGAAGUCUACCAGAGCGUCUUCCCGAUUACGGUCAAACGAAAGACUCACUGGUGA